AUGGCUUUACAAGACGUCGUCACCAGGGAGUACACCAUUAACUUGCACAAAAGAUUGCACGGUGUUCACUUCAAAAAGAGAGCUCCAAAAGCUGUCAAGGAGAUCAGAAAGUUUGCUACUUUGCACAUGGGAACCACUGAUGUCAGAUUAGACCCAAAAUUGAACGUUGCUUUGUGGAAGAGAGGUGUCCAAGGUGUUGAACACAGAGUAAGGUUGAGAAUCUCAAGAAAGAGAAACGAUGAAGAGAAUGCUAAGGAAAAAUUGUUUGCUUACGUCGAGCCAGUGAUUGUACCAACCACCAAGGGUUUGCACACUGUUGUUGUUGAGGAUGACGAAUAG